GGCCCGCGCCAUGAGCAUCGAGACGCUGCUGGAGGCGGCGCGGUUCCUGGAGUGGCAGGCGCAGCAGCAGCAGACCGCACGUGAGGAGAAUGAGAAGCACGAGAAGCUCCGCCUGGAGAGGGAGCAGGAGCAGAAGAAGGCCGGCAAGGCCAGCGCGCCGCGGGCGAACAGUGCCGUUCCCCCGGAGGAGCCCCGGAGCGAACUGCUGGUGCCCAUCUCCCCCCCAGCCCCGGCCCCCCCGCCGCCCCCGCCCCUGGCAGCCCCCAUUUCAGUCAUUCCCAUCCCUGUUGUCACCAGCCCCCCCCAGCAAGCAGCCCAGACCACCCUGUCCCCGCCGCUCGUGCAACGCCACCAGCCCCUCGUAAGCACUCCCAGUGUCACUAAGGAAGCAUCUUCGGUCGCGCCGGUCAUCCAGAGGCCGCCGGGCCCACUUCUGCCGGACGGGAAAGCUGCUACACCCCCGUCGGGCAGCCCGAAGCAGCUCCAGCAUUACGCGGCGCCGGUCCUGGCCAUCUCCCAGCACCAUGUGGUUCAGCAGCCCAUCCAGCCCCAGCCUCACCAGCCCCUGCAGCACCCGGGAGCACCUCCACAGCUCGGUGCUCUGAAGCUGGCUCCGGCAGAAGACACGAAACCAAACGAGCAGAAGAAGAGACCUGGAGGGGUUGGGACCAGGGAAGUACAUAAUAAAUUGGAGAAGAACAGACGUGCGCAUUUGAAAGAAUGCUUUGAGACAUUAAAACGCAACAUCCCCAACGUAGACGACAAGAAGACCUCAAACCUCAGCGUCCUAAGGAGUGCCUUGCGAUACAUCCAGACUUUAAAGAGGAAGGAAAAAGAAUAUGAACAUGAGAUGGAGCGGCUGGCAAGAGAGAAGAUUGCUACCCAGCAGCGACUGGCAGAAUUGAAGAACGAGUUGAGCCAGUGGAUGGACAUCUUGGAGAUUGACAGAAUUAUUCGACAGACAGUUCAGCCAGAGGAUGACCAGGCAUCUACCUCGACAGCAUCAGAGGGUGAAGACAACAUGGAUGAAGACAUGGAAGAUGACAGGCCAGUGAACUCAUUACCAAAACUAACCCAGCGCCAGCACCCAGAGCUCCUGAAAGCCGUCCCUUCAAACGCUGCUUCCCACCACCCGGCGGUUCUGCCUCAGCACCUGUCCAUCCAGCAGAAACAAACCCCAGCCCACGCACAGCCUCCCAUCCAGACACAAGCACUGGUCCAGCCGCAGGCGAUCGUCCCUGCACAGACUCACAUCGUGGCGGCUUCGACAGUGCAAUCGACUGUUAUUGCCCACACCGCCACUACCCACGCUUCGGUCAUUCAGACUGUCAACCAUGUGAUUCAGGGUCCACAGACCAAGCACAUUGCUCACAUUGCACCUUCCACGUCCAGCCCUGUGCAACUUACCACUGCUGCUCAGCCUAUCGGCCACAUCACUGUGCACCCAGCCACCAUCAACCACAUGGCCCACCUCGGCCAGCAGCUGCCCAUCUACCCUCAGCCCGUGGCCGUCAGCCAGCCCGUGGUGAGCCAUAUUGCUCACACGAUCUCCCACCAGCAAGUGAAUGGAACCACAAAUCUUGGCCAGCAAGCGGUGAUGGCCAAGCCUGCUGUAGGAACCCAAGUUGUCCAUCACCCGCAGUUAGUUGGGCAAACGGUCCUAAAUCCGGUGACUAUGGUAACCAUGCCGUCAUUCCCAGUGAGCACACUGAAGCUGGCCUAGAGGGGAUCGUCCGACAGCGAGGUCUUUGUUGGGAACCUUUCCUAAACUCCAUACAUUCCAACCACGUCCAACUCCGCGGGAGGGAAGUGCAGAAAACGCCGAGCGGCAGGACGGCGGGCUGGGCUGUCCUCAGCCGCCCAGCAACCAGCCUGCCGCUGGCAGCGAGAGACGGGGCCUCUCUGCACUUGAAUUUUGCUAAUCCGAGAAAACUUCAAAGACAGUUGUUCAUGGUGAUUUUUUUUCCUUUUAUGUGUAAUCAGUGAAAUAUGGAUAUGAUGUUCUUAAGACUUUAAUUUUCCCCUUUUAUGUGUUGCUUCUUUGUAGAAUAAAAAUUGCUGAUCUCUUUAUUGAGACAUUGCGUAGAAUGGGAAAAAAAAAUCAUAGAAGUCUAUAUUUAUAUAUAUGUGUGUAUGUGUGUGUAUAUAUAUGUAUAUACAUAUAUAUAUAAAUAUAACAUUUGAAGAAGGCCUUUUGUAAGGUUGAUUAUUUUGCAGGAUUAUUAGACAAAAUUCAUUUUUGGAGGAAGAAGACAGAGUGUCCUCUCUAAACAAGAAACUUUAAGAUAGAUGGUUUGGUGGACCAGGGUACAUAUACAGUGACAAAAAAAAAAAAAAAGUUAAACCAUGUUAAAGGUAUUUCCCGUCAAUAUAUUACAUUUCAAAAAACCAUCUAAAAUCACUGUGACUUGUUAUGGCAUUUUAAGGAAAUUCUCUGUCCUGUCUAAUAAAAGGAAAAAGAAUACACAACCGGACUUCAUUUGUUGCAGUUUUAUAAAUGACUUGAUUUUUAUAGCUAUGUCAAAAAAAUAAUGUUUUUUAUUACUUUAAUGGUUGACAAUGUUUUGUUUGGAUGGUUUUUUGGGGGUUUUGUUUUUUGUUCUGGCUUGGUUUUGCUGAUGCAAUAAUGGAUUUUGCAGAUCUCUGUGCAUGGCACUCCCCCUUUCAGGAUUCCUCGUGCCAGUCCCAAGCCCCAGGAUUCUUGGGUUCGUUUUUGUUUUGCAGAGGCAGAUAUUUCGUGCUGGCAACUUGCAAUAUGUUUAUCUGGCCUGAUAGAGCGGAACCUGGGACCAGAAGACCAACAGAAAUUAAGUAGAUUUGCUGCAUGGGUUACUUUUCUUUGUUAGUUUGUUCCUGAACUGACCACGUUUUAGUGUGGGAGUCAGUGGAUUAGAAAAGGGAUAAAUGUGGAUGUGGUGAUCUUCCAAAGUGCAAGCAGUUUUGACAUCUUUUUUUCUUUGGGGGGAAAAGAAAAAUCUAGUCUUGUGUAGGAUAACGGUAUGCUCCAGGAGAUCAGUAUGUAUAACUUGUGUCUUACAGACUACAGUGAGACGUGCACCAAAGAACAACCCCUCAUCCUAAGUGACCCUCUUGUUCGUCCUUUCCAGUGGUUAGGUCAGAUCUCACUGAAGUCAAUGGCAAACUCCCACGGAGUCACGAGAGGAGGGAUAUUGUUUGGCUCUGCGGGUGCUUGCCCGCCUGCCUGGGAGGUUGCUUAGGACAUGUUUAAUUGCUGACUGAAUAUUCUGGUCUUUGCACCGUUUUGUGUGUAGUACUGCUAUUAAUGAUCUCUCUUCCGUCUUCCUCUCUUUUUAAAAACAAAUACUCCGCAGUCCUUAAUGCAGGCAAAAUUCCUGCUGUAGCCAGCGGACGUUUUCCUUGGGGCAGGAUGGGAGGAUGGUCCCUGCUAGCAUCUGACCAGGUACGCUUUGGAAGUGGCACCCGUUCAGAGGAGGAGGUAAGGUGGGGCUGAGCAGUCACACCUUCACGGUGCUGCCUGGCUACAUCUAGUUUUGGGUCGAGAACUUCCACAGGAAGACGUGAUCCGUAGUCUGCCCAAAAUGCCCAUUGACUCCAGCAGGACUUUUGCCUGCUUGUGGACUGCUGUGAAUGGUGGCAGAGGUUUAAUUACGAAAACUUGCCAUUUCCAUACCGUCCAUGCUAUGGUUGAAACUGUGCUGGAGGCAGGAGUAAUUACUGCAAACAGAGAUCAAGCGUGAUUGUGCCUUCUGAGCAGACAUGGCUGAGAACUGCAUUAAAUCUGUUUAUAAAGCCCUGGGUUGCUCCGUAGUUAACACUGCUUUUUUUUUUUUUUUCCCCCUUGCAUCCUUGAGUCCAGGAAGCUCUUGCCCGUGUUGCUUAGCACAGUUUCUACAGCAGAAUGGACAAGUUUAUACAGGUCGUUUGUUCUCACUCCUAGUGCACCAUUAACACUGCGGGGUUAGCAGAAUCGCCAGGGCUUUAUUGUCUCCUUGUACAUGCGGGUGCUUUCCCAAGGACGUUGUGUUUUGUGUGCCAGUAUUUCGGAGAUUGGUGUUAGGGAUCAGGACAGUUGCUCCUCAUCAGAAACUCUUGACAAUUGAGUAUUUGCAACAGGCUCAUCUCCCUUCUUAGGAGGAACCGAGUGGCUUUGCCUUCUGUAGCUGCGGUAGAAGGGGGAGGAAGCAUCUUUCUGUGUCUUUACUGUUCCAACUCAUAAAAUAAUAAAAUCGAGGCAGGAAGCUUCAUUUCUAGUCAAGAGUGGCUGAGCUUAUUGAAGGAGAAAAAGCCCGGAUUGGGAAGCGGGGCUCAGCACAUAAGCGUUGGCUGAGAGCCCCUCCAUCCUCCCGACGUUGUUCCCUGUGUGCCGGUGUUGGUGGGACCUGCGGGAUCAGCCCGCGCGGGUUGGUCCUGCUCUUCUUACAUGCCGUUUUGCAUGACAGCUUACUUUCUGCAUUGAAAACUCUGCUCCCACCUUAACCCCCUUGGCUUCUUAUCCCAAGAUAGAUCCUGGUAACUAGCAGCGACCCAGGCAUACAGCUGCUCCGUGUUUUCCACAGUAAAAAGUGUAGGGGAUGGAGAGAAGAGUUCCCAUUUUAUUUGAUACAGGCAAAUGAGCUUUCUUGUGGAUUAUUUAAUGGCCUUUACUGUAUGGACAGGUGAUGCUGCUGACCUCCUCAUCUUUUACUCCCUUAUGGUUUAAAGGUAACAGUGUCACUACCCUGCUCACAUAUGAGUCCCGCAUCUCUGCCAGUUUUUCUCUCCCCCUUGGAGUUGUGCAAUGCCGUUAUGUCUGAACCCCUUCAUCGGUGUUAGCCUCCACUUGAAGAACGGCUUGUCCUGCUCGGCCAGCCUGUAAGCUGGUCCAGUCAUCCCGGGUCUCAUCUGCCUUCUCCACAGCUACCAGAAACGUUUCUUUGGGGGGUUUCUGUUUUUUUGGUUUUUAUUUUUUUAAAGUCAGCAAACUUCUUUCUGUUCUGUGGGGAAAAGAGCAAACCACAGUCCUUCUUUCCUCGCAUCUGUCAUUCCUGCUCAGAAACUUUGGAUUUACGCUAAUGCUCUUAGAAAUCAUGUUCAGUACUGUAUAACAAGGGGCACUUUAGAAAUGUCUCUCCUCCUUUGAUAUAUGUGUUUUCCCUAUGGAGAAAGCUAUAUAUAAAUAUAUAUAUGUACACUUUGGGAUUCAGAAGAUCUAAUUUGUCCCAAAAAAAUCAAUAAAUAUG